AUAUUUCAAAAAAUUAAUUAAAUUUAUCAAGUAAAAACAAAUGUGAAGUCUGCUUUCUCUCAGUUCUCUCUCUCAAUCUCACGUCUCCGGCCGCCGCCACACCGUUCAUUUUCUGCUUAGACUCCGUGACGCCGACGUUAAUCAGCCGCGUCGCGCUUCCUUCUGCGCCUAGAGCAGCGCUUUGCGCGCUUCUAUCUCGCGUUGCGUCCUCUAUAGCUAGCUCAGCCCCCUUUCUCCCUUAUUCGGCCAGCAGCAGCCGCCGCCUACUCGCCCCGCACGACAGCUUCUCGCCGCUUUCGCCGCCGUGAAUUUCUGCUCGCCACCCUUUUCUUAGCCUCAACAAAUCAAGAGACUUUGAUCUAAUAAGAUGGAUGCUAAAGCAUUGGCAAAAUCGAAAAGAGCUCAUUCGCUGCAUCAUAAGAAGAAGCAUCAUACACACCAAGGGUUAAAAGUGCCUUCAGUUGGUUCAGAUGAUAAGAAGGGAGUUGAGAAGAAGGCUAGUGAAAGACCUGAAAAACCCCAUGGUCAGCAAACUAAAGAAAGAACACCACAAUAUCAAGGCUCGAGAGCACUAAUGUCGAAUUGGGAUCGCUAUGAUGAAGAUUUCGAUUUGGCAUCUGAAAACGCCCAGGCAAGCUCAAGUCAGCCAACUGACUUUGUAAUGCCUAAAAGUUUAGGUGCAGAUUAUGCUCACUUGAUUUCAGAGGCCGAGUCUCAGUCUCAAUCGCAUUAUUCUUCAGAUGUUUUGCCUUUGUGCGAUGAUUUUAUUAGCGACCUUAUGCAGGAUUUUGGUCCAAUGCUUGCUGCCAAGGGUCAAAGCAUACUCUCAUGGAUUACAGAUGAUAGUUUUGAGUUUGAAGACAAGGCUAGCAUCAGUCCUCAGGCACCUUUUCUUUCUCUUAAUCUAGAUGCUCUUGCCGAACAACUUGCAAAAGCAAAGCUGUCAGAGAGGUUAUAUCUACAAUCAGACCUGUUACCCCUAGAUCUGUUGGACGAGGCACACGAUGAAGACAAACAUGAUCCUGAAACUUCUAUAUUGGCUGCUGAAACAAACACCUUAUUCUCAUCCCAAAGUAAGGAUCAGGCCGUAACUGCCACAGGAGAUCUUGUGAAGAAAAAUACAGAUGAGAUCUUGCAGCCGCGAGCAACCAACAGAAGCAAUUUGCUAAAGCCAGUUUCGGAACACCCUAUAGAUUCCAGUUCUGGGACAUUCGAGGCAGCUAGUGCUGAAGCAGAGCUCGACAUGCUUCUCAACUCAUUCAGUGAUACUGCAAUAAUUCGCGAGCCAUCAUUGACAGGAAUUCCAUCGACCGGCGAUGUCUCUGUAAAGAAAGGAGUGACUAUGUUGAAUCCAACCAUUAUUGAUGAUGAUGUUGAUAUUCUUCUCGAGGAAACAUCGAGUCUUACCAUUGCAGACCAACAGAUGUCAAAGGCAAACACUGCGUCUAUAUCAUCCAGUAAGAAACCAAUUUCUAAAUCUGAAAUUGUGGAUGAUUUUGAUUCAUGGUUAGAUACCAUUUAAAUUUCCUUCAAACUGCAA